UGCUGACUGAUGACGCCCUGAGGUCACGUGAUAGUUUCAUGUAGUGAUCGAUGGCCGAGGUCAGCGGCGCUGAUGGCCUGAUGUUCUCAGCAAGUUACGAACGAGCAUACAGAUUUACUACUAGCUACUGAGGCUCUUGCGAAUAGUCCUGACAAGACACUGGCAAGCAGCGUGACCUGCCAUGGGGUAUCUGUCACCAUCGUUGUACCUACUGGUUCUGGCUGUUCCGGUCGCCCACGUCCUCGUGGCUCCUUACACAAAGGUCGAAGAGAGCUUCACCUUGCACGCAGCUCGGGACGUGCUACACCACGGCUUUUUCUCACAACACGCCUUGGAACAGUAUGACCACCGGACAUUUCCGGGAGCUGUACCGAGGUCGUUCAUACCUUCGGUCAUAUGGGCAACCCUUAGCUUACCUUUGCUGAGGAUGGGACAAGCGACAGGCUGGGCAAAUAAAGGUCUAGAUGAACAGAUUGUUCUGAGGAUCGUUCUGGCCAUCCUGAACGGUCUGUCCGUCAUUCAUGUGGCAAAAGCUCUGAGCAGAAGAAACAGAUCUAGAUCGACGUCGAUCUUCUACCUCGUGUUGAGCCUCAGCCAGUUUCAUACGAUGUUCUACGCGGGGAGGCCGUUACCGAAUUUUACAGCCCUGCCUCUUGUCAACUUGGCAGUCUCUUACUUGAUGGAGGGUCUCACAACACGUAUGGAAUCCCCAGGCGGACGGUUCAACAGAGUAUCAAGAGCCGUCACAAUCCUCGCCCUUACAACGUCCAUCAUCCGGUCCGAACUCGCUCUCUUUCUAGGUGCCCUUUCUCUCUACCUCCUCAUUACCCGGAAGAUCUCCCUGCUCAAUCUUGUGACAUCUGGCCUGAUCGGAGGUGGAGGCGGAGCGGUACUCAGUACGGUGGUGGAUAGCUUCUUUUGGGGCAGGUGGACGUGGCCGGAAUUCGAAGCUAUUGUCUUUAAUGUCGUAGAAGGAAAGAGCGAACAAUGGGGGGUCUCGCCAUGGUAUUCUUACCUUCUGGUACAUCUCCCCAAGAUCACCCUGUUCAGCUUACCUCUCGCGCUGUACGCUCUGACGACCGGAGCAGCAGGUAGAGGGUUGGGUGGAAUGAUGGCGACGUGCAUCGUGGGGCUUGUUGGUGGCCUGAGUUGUCUAGCACACAAGGAAUGGCGAUUCAUCGUCUACGCCGUCCCGCUAGUCAACAGUUUGGCGGCUACCGGUGCUGCCCAACUUUGGGAUCGAGCAACCAAGCGCAAAUCGAUGAUGGACAAGCUGGGAGGAAUGAUAUUGCUCGGUGGAUUGGUGGUCAAUGUGGUCGUCACCAUCGGAUUGACGUAUGUGAGCGUCCACAAUUAUCCGGGUGGUGAGGCGAUCGAGGCAUUGAGACGGGUCGGAGCCACGUCGGGGCGGUCAGAACUGCGGGUAUUCUUGCCACCGAGCGUAUUACAGACCGGGGCGUCACGAUAUACCUUCGAGCAAGAUGACAACAGUCUACCCCGGUGGGAAUUCAAUCGGAUCGAGAGCGAGAGCUUGCAGACGCCCGCUCAGAUAUGGUCUGCCGGAUUUGACUAUACGAUCACCGACGAGAUCGACCGAUUCCUACAAGACGGAAGAUCCGAAUGGUAUAUGGUAGAAGCGAUCGAGUCGUUUGGUGGGGUGUCUCUGAAACCGACACCUGGGCCGGUUUGGAGUCCGCGCUUGUGGAUACUAUCCCGCGAAGCUGUGGCGAUAGAUGUAUGAUCUGAGCAGAACCUAGGAAUCGAGGAUCCUGAUAGGUUACAACAUUACAAGUUGUUUGACCAUCCACAACAAUACCAUAACAAGGCUUGAAUUUUUGGGGUAUCUCGCAGUUCGAGAUAAUUCGAGUUGCACCCGUGCUCGUUCACCAGACUUUCAAAUCGUCUGUUCGGGUU